AUGAAGCUCUGGAAACGAGCUGCUGCUGCGAUUAAAGACCGGAAAAGCUUACUAGCCGUAGAAUUCUCACGGCGAACUUCGUACCGGAACACUGAUCUCGAAGCAGCUAUCAUCAAAGCCACCUCCCACGACGACUCCUCCGUCGACUACUCGAACGCUCACCGCGUCUACAAAUGGAUCAAAGCCUCUCCUCUCAACAUGAAGACGCUAAUCCACUCUCUAUCCUCCCGCGUCAACCACACACGAAGCUGGAUCGUCGCGCUCAAAUCCUUGAUGCUUCUCCACGGUGUCCUCUGCUGCAAAGUGCCUUCAAUCCUCGCGGAGAUUCGUCGCCUCCCUUUCGAUCUCUCCGAUUUCACCGACGGACAUUCGUGCCUCAGCAAAACCUGGGGGUUCAACAUCUUCGUCCGAGCUUACUUCGCGUUCCUCAAUAACUACUCUUUCUUCACAUCCGAUCACAUUCAUCGAAGCCGCGCGAAUCUGCGGCUGGAGAAAGUCGAUUCGGUGAAUCAGCAGCUUGAUAGGAUACAGAAGCUCCAGUCUCUUCUUGACUUGAUUCUUCAGAUACGUCCUAUUGCUGACAACAUGAAGAGAGCGUUGAUUCUUGAAGCUAUGGAUUGCAUUGUCCUCGAGAGCAUCAAUAUAUACGGUCGAAUAUGCAACGGAAUCAUCAAGAUCCUCCCGAAUGCCGGGAAAACUGACGUGGCUGCGACUUUGAAGAUCGUCAACAAGGCGACCUUUCAGGGAGAAGAUCUCGCUUUGUACUUUGAAUUCUGCAGAGGCUUUGGGAUCUCAAACGCGCGGGAUACGCCUCAGUUCGUUAGUAUACCAGUGGCGGAAGUAGAAGCGAUGGAGAAAAUGGUCAGAAGCGUCGAAAAAGAUGAACAGAAGGAAGAAGAAGUAGUGGUGGAGGAGGAGAAAGCCAUUGUAUUGUUGGAGAAACCGAGAUUGCAGACGAUAAUAACCGAUAAAUGGGAAACUUUCGAAGACGACGAGUAUUGUUUCAGUGAAAAGGCUAUUCAAGAAUAUCAUCAAGAACCUCUGCCUAUUGUAGUAUCGAACCAACCAGUUUAUUACACAAUGCCAGAUUUGAUUACGUUCUAG